CGUGGCCGCGCGUGGAGAUUGCGCACGCGCAGGCGGGCUUGCCCGUGAAGGAUCCGGGCGGUUUAGCUUCUGCUACCCAGUCCGUGUCUCCGCUGCUCAACGUCGUUUUCUCUGUUGAUAUCCUGGGACUUGCCUUGUGCCUUCAACUGCUGUAAUUGCAUCAUUAUCUUUCUUACCGGCUAUUCUAGGAAGGCUGCCUUGACUCCUGUCUGCGGCUGUGAUCACAGCAGAGGUUGAAGCUCUUUGGAGUACUCCAACAAGCAAGUGUUCUGAGCUGCCCAUCUUCCCCCGAGUCGCAUUCUGCAUGUUCCUAGGAAGCCAGGUCUUUAUAGUGACGCCAAGAGACUCUGAGCGCUCCAGGAGCUGCGGAAGGACCUAUGGGACUGGGCAUUUAUGGAAUGCUGGAGGCCUGUCUGCACGUGGAGUGUUGACCAGUGUCCCUGAUCCUCCGCCAUACUAGAUGCCUGAAGUGUCUCUUCUUUCCCCAUACAUGGUGACCUCCUGACGUCUCUAGACAUUACCAGCAAUUGUGGGGUAGAGGGAUCAUGGCGGGAAGGGUGAAGUGGGUCACUGACAUUGAGAAGUCGGUACUAAUCAACAACUUCGAGAAGAGAGGGUGGAUCCAAGUGACAGAAAAUGAAGACUGGAAUUUUUACUGGAUGAGCGUGCAAACCAUUCGCAACGUGUUCAGCGUAGAAACUGGGUACCGGCUGUCAGACGACCAGAUCGUCAACCAUUUCCCCAACCACUACGAGCUGACCCGCAAGGACCUGAUGGUGAAGAACAUUAAGAGAUACAGGAAGGAGCUGGAGAAGGAAGGAAGUCCCUUGGCGGAGAAAGACGAGAAUGGAAAAUACCUCUAUCUGGACUUUGUCCCCGUCACCUACAUGCUCCCCGCCGACUACAACCUGUUUGUGGAAGAGUUCCGGAAGAGCCCGUCCAGCACCUGGAUCAUGAAGCCAUGUGGCAAAGCACAGGGAAAAGGCAUCUUCCUCAUCAAUAAGCUUUCGCAGAUCAAAAAGUGGUCCCGGGACAGCAAGACGUCCUCGUUUGUGUCGCAGUCCACAAAAGAAGCGUACGUGAUCUCAGUCUAUAUCAAUAAUCCGUUGCUCAUCGGUGGAAGGAAGUUUGACCUUCGUCUGUAUGUCCUGGUGUCCACGUACCGCCCGCUGCGCUGCUACAUGUACAAGCUUGGGUUCUGCCGCUUCUGCACAGUGAAGUACACCCCUAGUACCAGUGAGCUCGACAACAUGUUUGUCCACCUUACCAACGUGGCCAUCCAGAAGCAUGGGGAGGACUACAACCACAUCCACGGUGGCAAGUGGACUGUCAACAACCUGCGUCUCUACCUGGAGAGCACCCGAGGCCGAGAGGUGACCAGCAAGCUGUUUGAUGAAAUCCACUGGAUCAUCGUGCAGUCUCUCAAGGCCGUGGCGCCAGUGAUGAACAACGACAAACACUGCUUUGAAUGCUACGGCUACGACAUCAUCAUCGAUGACAAGCUGAAGCCCUGGCUGAUCGAGGUCAACGCGUCCCCGUCUCUCACAUCCAGCACCGCCAACGAUCGAAUCCUUAAGUACAACCUGAUUAACGACACCCUCAACAUUGCGGUCCCCAACGGCGAGAUUCCCGACUGCAAGUGGAACAAGUCUCCCCCCAAGGAAGUACUUGGCAACUAUGAGAUCCUGUAUGACGAGGAGCUGGCCCAGGGUGACGGGGCUGAACGAGAGCUUAGAAACCGCCCAGGCCAGCCAGUGGGGCCCAGAGCAGGCCGCUCGAGAGACUCAGGAAGAAGUGUCCUCACAACCUGGAAGUGACCAGCAGCGAGAAGAAGGACCCCAGCUUGGACCUUCCCACAGUCGCUCCACCCAGUCCCUGCUAAACACCCGUUUUGGAAUUUCAGUUUUCCAGAGUGCUUUCCUGAGCAGGCCUUGUAAAUAAAGACUCAAUGCAAGGUGGAGGAGUCCACAUCACUGGGGCUCAAGCACUUGCAAGUGCACACAUGCACACACACACACACACACGCACGCACGCACGCACGCACACAUGCACACACAAAAACAACAGCUUCGGUAUGUGAUGGAACUUCCUUUUUUAAAGAUUUAUUAUUUUUGAGAUAGGUACCUCUGGAUGGCCUGGAACUUGCCAUGUAGACCAGGCUGGCCUAGAACUCACAGAGAUCUACCUGCCUCUGCCUCCCAAGUGCUGGGAUUAAAGGUGUGUGCCACCACAUCUGACUUUAUCUUAUUAUUUGUGUGUGUGUCCCAUGUGUGUGACCCAAGGAAACCAGGAGGGGGCACCAGAUUACCCAGAGCUGGGGUUACAGGCUCGUCAAAGUAGGGUUGGGAACUAAAACCUCUGUCUGCGAGAGCAGUGUCUGUAAAUGUGAGUCAUCUCUCCAGCCCCUGAUGAAGCUGCUGCUGCAGCUUCUAUUCCUCCUCCCUCCUCCUCCUCCCCUCCCCUCCUCCUCCCCCUCCCUUUCCCUCCUCCUUUUCCUCUCCUCUUCUUCCUCCUCCCCUCCCUUCCUCUUCCCCCUUCCUCCUCUUCCUCCUCCUCAUUCUUCUUCCUUCUCCUCUUCUUCUGUUUCUCUCUGUGUCUGUCUCUCUCUCUCUCUCUCUCUCUCUCUCUCUCUCUGUCUUUCUGUCUGUCUGUCUAUCUAUCUACCUACCUAUCUAUCUAUCUAUCUAUUUUGGUUUUUCAAGACAGGGUUUCUCUGUAUAGCCCUGGCUGAACUGGAACUCACUCUGUAGACCAGGCUGGCCUUGAACUCAAAGAUCCACCUGCCUCUGCCUCCCGAGUGCUGGGAUGAAAGGCGUGCGCCCCCACUGCCUAGCCAUGAUGCAACUCCUUAAAAUGUGUUCAUAUUCAUUCAACGUUGCAUUUUUAAAAGGGUUAAACAACCAUGAUGUGUUUCAAAAAGAUGAAAUGUCAUGUGUUUCCUGGA